AUGAAAGUAGAAAAACUUUCUCCCAGAAGUCCCACCUCAGCACACAGCAAAGAUUUCACAGUGGAGAAGCUGUACAUGUGUGAUGAAUGUGGGAAAAUGUUUGUCUGCCAGUCAGCCCUCAGGGAUCAGAGCAUCCACACAGGAGAGAAACCAUCUGAAGGUCCUGAGUGUGGAAGGACUUUCUACUGGCAGUCACACCUCAGGGCAGAGGGGAGAAUUCACACAGGGGAGAAAGCCUUUCCCUGUGAUGAGUGUGGGAAAAGAUUCGUCUGCACGUCAGCCCUCACGGCUGAGCAGAGGAUCCACACAGGUGAGGAACUCUGUCAAUGCAGUGAGUGUGGGGAAACUUUUGGCCAGAAAUCAAACUUCAAAAUGCAUCAAAAAACUCAGAGUAGGGAGAGAUCUUACCAAUGUAAUGAAUGUGAAAAAUCCUUCUUGCAAAAGGACCAUCUCAUUCAACGUCAGAAAACUCACACAGGGGAGAGACCAUUUCAAUGUAACAAGUGUGGGAAAAGUACACAGAAAGCAAUCCUUACUGAUCAGAGAAUUCAUACAGGGGCUAAAACUUAUCAGUGUCAUGAAUGCGAAAAAUCUGGUGAAAACUGUAUCUCACUCAACAUCAGAAAAACUCGUAUAGGAGAGAAACCUUUUAAAUGUAAUGCAUGUGGGAAAAUCUUUGCCUGGACAUCAACCCUCAGAAGGCACCAGAGAAUUCAUAUUGAGGAAAGAAUGGAUGCCAAGGCAGCCAUUAGCAAUCACAGAAUUCAUACAGAGAGGAAACCCUUCAAGUGUAGUAAGUGUGAGAGAACAUUUGACCAGAGAUUAACCCUCAGAAUACAUCAGAAACACUCUCCGUGGUGA